GAAAAGAAGAAAAAGGAAGAGGAGGCCACACAGCUAGAAGCACAGAAAAAACAGAAGGCUGAAGAGAAGGCCAAGGAGGAAAAGAUAAAAAAAGAACAGGAAACAGCAGAAAAGAAGAAAAAGGAAGAGGCCGCAAAGCUAGAAGCACAGAAAAAACAAGAGGCUGACGAGAAAGCCAAGAUCGAGGAGGAAAAUCUAAAAAAAGAAAAGGAAGCAGCUGAAAAGAAGAAAAAGGAAGAGGAGGCCGCUCAGCUAGAAGCACAGAAAAAACAGAAGGCCGAGGAUGAGGCCAAGGCCGAAGAAGAGAGGCUAAAGAAAGAGCGGGAAGCAACAGAAAAAAGGAAAAAGGAAGAAGAGGCCGCAAAGGUAGAAGCACAGAAAAAACAAGAGGCUGACGAGAAGACCAAGAUCGAGGAGGAAAGUCUAAAGAAAGAAAAGGAAGCAGCAGAAAAGAAGAAAAAAGAAGAGGAAGCCACAAAGCUAGAAGCAAAGAAGAAGCAGGAGACAGAGGAGAAAGCCAAGGCCGAUGGGGAAAAGCAAAGGAAAGAACUGGAAGCAGCUGAAAAGACGAAAAGGGAGGAGGAGGCUGCGAAGUUAGAAGCACAAAAGAAAGAAAGGGCGGAAGAGAAGGCCAAGGAAUCGAAGCUAAAGAAAGGAAAGGACGCAGCUGACAAGAAACAAGAUGAGGCGACUCAAUUGGAUGCACGAAAGAAAAAGAAGUCCGAAGAUGAGGCCAAGGCUGAGGAGGAAAAGCUUAAGAUACAAAAGGAAGCAACAGACAAGAAAACGCCGCAGAAAGAGGACGCUGGGAAACUGGAGGCUCAAAAGAAGGCAGUAGAAGAGUCGUCUUCUUUGGAGUCUCAUAGAAAGAGGGCUACAGAUAUUCAAGCAAACAUUGAUGGAUUAGAUACUCAGAGUGCACUGAAAAGAAGUCUUGGUGAAACUUCGGUUGCUGCAUGUGAUUACGGGAACAGAGCGCAACGCGACGUUAGGGCUGCAAUGGAAGAAGACAUAGCACGCAGAGUUGACUUCACUUCCAACAUGCUACAAAGAAGCCGCAAGAACCUGGAAGAAGACAGUGAGCGCCGUUCGUCUGCCCGAUACGAAGAGGAUGCAGCCAGAAGGCGAAAACAGCGCCAAGAAGACGCAGAAAAGUUCCGUAGGGAUAUGGAUCAACUAGAGGAACGGCAAAAACGCAUUCAAGAGGACAAAAAACGUGUUGAUGAGCUUUCAAGCAGGUUAAUGAAGGAGGAAGCUGAUCGUAGAAGUCAACAUGCUUGGGGCAUAAGUGACGACAGCACCGUAGGCAAACUAAGGGCAUCUAUUAGUACAUCACUCUCCACCCCAAGAUAUACAAUGACCAGAACCAGAACUACUGAUACUAUUUCGAGCUUGAGAUCGAGCACAGACGAGUUCGAUGUUGGCCGCGGUAGGAGUAGAUCCUCCUCGUCCUACCUGUACCGGCCACCGCGCGACGAUAUGCCGUACGGCAAGGGGCGCAGCAAAACCCCGGACUAUUACAGCUUCACACCGAUUCGACGACCAGAUAUCGGCUCAUCCUACCUCGGGCUCAGCAGAUCAACGUGGUCGUCUACAUCCGCGCUAGACCGCCGGGGCAGGAGCACUGAGCGGGCGCUAGAAGACCUAAGGCUUGGCACAGCGCACCUGUACGAGGAAGGCCGACGACUAGCGAGGUCCGUCACGCCAUCUCCGUUACGAGGAGGGUUGAGCGAUCGCUGGAGGACCAGCACCUCGUACUUGUACGAGGAGAGUCGCACCCUAGCCAGGUCUGUGACCCCAUCUCCGAUGCGCGGCGGCAGGAGUUCGUCAGCGACGACUGGGCGUUACUCCCGACUCAGCUACGAGGACCUCCACACGGCUGAUUCAUACGGCUACGAGAGGCGGUCCAGGGCAAUGGAGCGACGACUUCGACCCACAUUCUGCGCGCGCUUGUCGGAUCGGGCCGUUUCGAAGGGAACGCGAGUCCGACUGGCCUGCAGCGUACUCGGUGCGCCUGACCUAAGAGUUACGUGGUGCAAGGACGGCUUCCCCCUGUUCUCGCAACCUAACGUGGUUACCAAAGAGGUAGACGGCUUGUGCACUUUAGAGAUUCCCACCGUCGAAGUAUCUGACUCAGGGGUUUACUCGUGUUCGGUGCGGGAUAAGAACGGCGAGGCCACAACCAGCUGCACACUCACCGUGUUCGGUGACAGCAGCCCAGCACCCCGGCCACCCAUGUUUAUACGGCAGAUAUCAGAGUGGUACCGUCCGUCAGUGGAUGAGCUAACGCUCGAGACUCGCGUGAGCGCCCACCCUAUGCCACGAGUAACGUGGCUGCUCAAUGGGUCACCACUCCGCGUGUCGGACCGCUACGAACAGCAACAGCUCUCUGACGGUACCUGCAGGCUCAUAAUACGUGGACCUGAUCCGGCCUCGGACAGUGGCCGCUACACGUGCAGGGCCGCCAAUCUCGUAUCCACAGACCACGUGGCACACACCAUCAAUUAUACAGGUAAAGAUAAGUAUGAAAGUCAGACGCGAUCUCCUGUGCCUGGCUCGUCAACAUACAUCCGGGACAACCGACUGCCCAGGUUCGCCAGUUCACUGGUCGACAGUCAAGUGCCCGUAGGCGGUACACUUGCUCUCCAGGUGCAGGUGACGGGUUACCCACGACCGCGUCUAGAGUGGCUUCUCGGAAGCGAUCCACUGCCAAGAAGUUCGCCUCGAUACAGAUUACUCGAGGACGGGUCCGUUCACACACUGAUGGUGUCUGGAGCAACCGCAAAGGACGCUGGACAGUACACGGUUCGGGCGGUCAACCCCCACGGAUCAGCGGAUACCUCGGCCAAGGUGGACGUCGUCACGCACGGCAGCGGGGGCGCCCACGGCGACCCGGCCAUCUUCCUAUCCCGACCAGACACCCUCAUCACCGUGGCCCACGGUGAAGACAUCACCGUGUCCUUCCGCCUGGCAGGGGAUCCGAAGCCUAAGGGUGAGUAAGGAGGGACGCCCUGU